AACAAUGUUGAGAAACUGAGUCAGAAAUUUUGACGUGGAAAAUGCUUGAUGUUUGCAGAAGUCAAUUUUUUAUAUUGUAGUAUAGAAAGGACCAAUUUUUAAAUUAGAAAUGGUUACAACAUAUCAUUUGGAUAUUUUCUGGAAAUGGCGAGCGGUUCCCAGCACAAAAAAUACUCAGUCCCGAAUGCAAGCGGUUCUCGUGGCUACGUCAAUUACGGAGCCAACUCCUCCGUCAUUACAAACGGCAUAAAAUCCAAUAGUCUUCCAGCAAAUGCGAGUCUCCUACACCUCCAAUACGAUCCCCAGACGAUUGAACCAGAUAUCGAUUCCUUGUUUUCCACUAAGAUUCCAGUGUCUAAAAAUAAGGACUUGUCCAAGUCGCCACUGAAAACUUUGGAACAAGCUUUUUUGUCGUUGAAGAAUCCGGAUAGAUCGAGGAGCAAGGAGUUGGUGAAGUCGCCGUUGAAGGAUAGACGCAGGAGCAAGACUAAGGAUCAUGGGCGUAAGUCUUUAGAUGGCUCGGAACAAGAUUGUGAGGCUUUGUUGUCAAUUGAAGCGGAAACGCUGAAGGAGCAUUCACAAAACGUUCAGGAUUUAUUUGCUAUUAAAAAUUGUGCAAAGGACCAUGAUGGAUCUACGCGUCAUCGUAAAGACUUUUUGGCCAAAACCAAUUUUGGGUAUCCCAGUGAUCUUUACAGGAUGCCUCAACAAAACUUUGAGCCUGAUCCAGUGUUUUCAUCAAAGAUCCUUAAAGACCAAAGUAGUUCAUCGGACGAUUUCGAAACGCCUUUGUUAUCUGACCAAAAACUUGACAAUGACAAUAUAGAUUUGAAGAAUUUGAAGUCACCACGUAAGUUGUCCAAAAACAACAAACUGGCAGAAACCAAAAGGCCACCUAGUGGUAAAAACUCAGGACGUUACACUAAAAAUUCCAAAACAACCUGCGUCGAUUCCAAGACUGAUCCUCAAAAGUCUUUACGUUCUAGUUUCAACAACAAGGUUGGAUCUUCUCAACAUGCGGCUAGGAGUGAUGUAAAAAUCCCCAAACCUUCAGCUGAUUCUAACACCAAAUUGGAUUUGAAGUCAACGUUUUUAAAGACUGAUUUAAGAUACAAAAAGUGCAACCUAAAAGACUAUGAUGAUUCAAAAACUCAUUCUAGAAAGACUUCUUUGAGCAAUGGAACCAGCAGUGAUGGAAAAGCCGGAGGUGAUGUUCAGGAAAAUAGAGUAAUUGAAUUUUUGGAAGUUGCUCCACAAACUUUUGCAGAACAAAUAACUUUGUUGGAUCUUCCAUCAUUUACUGCUAUCCAAGCUGAAGAACUAACAAGUUGUGCAUGGAAUAGCAGAAAUAAACUAAAUGUGGCUCCUAAUGUUGUGGCAUUCACCAGACGGUUCAAUAAUGUCAGUUUUUGGACAGUUUCUGAGGUUCUGGCAGGUCCAACUCCCAAAAAACGUUCCGAACACAUAUCUCACUUUGUAAAAAUAGCUCGUCAUCUGCACUCUUUGAAUAAUCUUCAUGCACUUUUUGCAGUUAUUUCUGGUUUGCAAAGUGCAAGUAUACACAGGCUGGAUAAAUCCUGGAAUUUGGUUCAGAAAAAAGAUAAAUUGACCUUUGAGAAACUGGCCAGUGUGUUUAGUGAAAAGGAGAACUGGAAAGUGUUGAGGGAGUACCAGGACAGUCUGCGGUUACCUUGUAUACCAUACUUGGGUUUAUUUCUAACAGACUUUGUCUACAUUGACAUGUCACAGCCUGCAAGUCAAAGGUCCAGAAAAAUGGACAACAUCUUAAGAGUCAUUGCACUGUAUCAACAAUCAAGAUAUGAUGAAUUGAAAGUUGAUCAGGCUGUCCAGAAAUAUUUGGAAAGAGUGAAGUAUAUUGAGGAGUUGCAGAGGUUUUUGGAAGACGACCAGUACAAAUUAUCUUUAAAAUUAGAGCCACCUGCAACCAGUACAAUGCAACAGAAUAAGAAAAAUGCGGAAUCUACUGAUUCUAACAUUGAUGCCAAUGGUGAUCUUCAAAAAUCUAGUCAACUAUCCAAUAACAUGAUACAAGAACAAACAAGAAACAUGGCAUCAUUGAAUCUCUCACCAGCAAAAGCAAAAACAAAACCAACACAAACAACUCCAACAAUCCAACAAGUACCACCACUUCUGGCAGUUUAAGAAUCUCAAAUCCUGUUGCCAAAUUUAUACCAGGAC